AUGGAAGAGACACGAUCACAGCCUCGGCUUGCCGACGCCUUGUCGAAGCAGCUGCUGCUGAAGGGCUUGCUGGCCUACAGUGCAUUCGGUGCUUGCCAGGUCCUGUACCGUCUGCUCCGUGGAUGGAGGGAGUCCUUGAGGAUGCGGGACAUGCUGGCCGACAUUCCGGCAAGCAAGGGCAACGAAGCUCCGAUGUCUUGGGUCAAAGAGAUGAGGAAAAACUUCCAUCGAGCAAACGACUGGCGCUAUGAGAUAUGCGAAGGCAUGCCCAUUUGCAAGAACGUGGGCUUCAGGUGGAACCCUGGAGGUUUCCAGGUAAUUUGUGGCGAACCUGACAUGGUCCGCCACUUCUUGAAGGAUGCUUUCGACACGUAUACGAAGGGCGUGCCUUCUGGAGAAAACCCCUUCUUCAUCUACUUCCAGGAAUUCUUGGGCGAUGGGAUUUUCACUGUCAGGCAUGGUUUGGGCUCUGACGAUGACGGGAAAGCCUGGACGCAGAUGCGCAAGAUCUCAGCUCAAAUCUUCAACAGGAAGAACUUCAAUUCCCUGAUGCAAGACGUGUUCGUGGAGAAAGCCGAGUCGCUGCGAUCGUUUCUUUCGCGCCCGGAAGUACAGAAGGAGCCUGUUGACCUGCAGAUGGGGUUCUUCAAUUUUACGAUGGACAGCAUCAUGAAGAUCUUCUUUGGGGAAGACUCCAGCACUGUAAUGGGCAAGCAGAACAGAUACGGCGAGGCUUUUGACAACGCGCAGGGCGCCAUGCGUCAGCACAUGGUCAAGUCCAUAUCCUUCAACCUCAUCGCCAGUACGUUCUUGCCUUGGCCCUUCUCGAGCCCUAGUGGAGGAGGAUUAGCGCGGAUGCUUUGGGAUGCCACGUCUCCCACGUAUCGGGAGUUUACAUCCGAGCUGGCUGUCAUCCAUGAUGAAGCCGACAGAUUGGUGAAGGAAUGCUUGGCUGACCCCAAGUUCGAAACUCGUCGGGAUCUCCUCGCUUUGUUUCUACAGGCCCAGAAGGAGAUCAAAUUCACAACCCAGUUUGUGAAAGACAUGGUCCUGAAUUUGAUCAUUGCUGGUAGGGACACAACUGCAUGUCUCCUGUCUUGGAUGUUCUACGAGAUUUCGCGGGACCCAGAAGUCCAAAAGCGUCUGCAUGAUGAAAUUGACAGGAAGUCGCCGGCAGGCACUUCGAUGGAUCUGAAAAGCUUGUCGCACAAUGAGUUGCCGUACCUGCAUGCGGUGAUCUACGAAACAUUGCGCUUGUGGCCGCCGGUUCCCGUGGACUCAAAGGUGGCAUUUGCUGAUGAUGUGCUUCCGGGCGGGUGGAAGGUGCCGAGAGGGACUACGCUUGUCUUCUGCCCGUUGGUGGAGGAUGUGGGAUGGAAGGAAGCACGAUCUCAUACCACAUUCAAAGCAUCUGCUUGCUGUGGUUGUGACAUUGACUUUGCCGUGUUAUGGUACAACAUGGGUCGUGAUCCGGUCCGCUACCCUGAUCCACUGGCCUUCAAGCCAGAGCGCUGGAUACCUUUUACGGCACCGCCACACCACGAGUUCCCUGUGUUUCAGGCAGGGCCGCGCAUCUGCCUCGGCAUGGAUAUGGCGAUUUUCGAAGCCAAGAUUGCGGCAGUUGAGCUGCUGCGCCACUUGCGAUUUGAGCUGAAGGCUGGCCAGAGCAUUACCUACGGCACGAAGAUCACAAUGAACGUCAAAAGCGGCGACAAGGAGGAACUUCUGGUUUGGGUCAAGAAACGCUAG